CCCCGGCGAUGGCGGCGGCGAGGGCGCGGCGCGCGCGGCCCGUGCGGGUGCUGGUGGACAUGGACGGCGUGCUGGCCGACUUCGAGGCGGGCCUCCUGCGGGGCUUCCGCCGCCGCUUCCCCGGGGAGCCGCAUGUGGCCCUGGAAGAGCGCCGCGGCUUCCUCGCCCGCGAGCAGUACCGAGCCCUGCGACCCGACCUGGCGGACAAAGUGGCCAGUGUGUAUGAAGCCCCAGGCUUUUUCCUAGACUUGGAGCCUAUCCCUGGAGCCUUGGAAGCCCUGCAGGAGAUGAACAACAUGCAGGACACCGAGGUCUUCAUCUGCACCAGCCCCCUGAUGAAGUAUGAACACUGUGUGGGUGAGAAGUACCGCUGGGUGGAGAAUCACCUGGGCCCCCAGUUUGUGGAGCGCAUUAUCCUGACAAGGGACAAGACGAUGGUCUUGGGGGACCUGCUCAUUGAUGACAAGGACACCAUUCGAGGCCAAGAGGAGACCCCAAGAUGGGAGCACAUCUUGUUCACCUGCUGCCACAACCAGCACCUAGCCCUACCCCCAACGAGGAGACGGCUGCUCUCCUGGAGUGACAACUGGAGGGAGAUCAUAGACAGCAAGCGGGGGGCCGAAAUAGUGGAGAGUUGCUGAAGGAAGGGAAGGCGGGCCAGAGGGAACCCCAGUAGAGCUGAAUGACAGGGAAGUGUCCUGGUGGUGGCCCCCAGCACCACAGAGCAGGGAGACACGGUAACCUCUAUGCUCACAAGCCAGCCACCUGGAACAGAACAGGAUGGCUGGCAAGGAAACGGUGGAAAAAUCACCCAAGAACCUUUUUAAUAAAACACUUUGGCUCACCACUC